AUGGAGCUACAGGUGGAGAACCAGAGUCAGUCUUUCAACACCAACACCGUGAGGCUGCCAGCUAAACUUAUACUCGGGAUGGGUGUCGAUAACUUUAUUUCUCUUCUGAUCUUUGGACUUAUUUUCAUCCUCGGUGUGCUGGGGAACACCAUGGUGAUCACUGUGCUGGCGCGCAGCAAACCGGGUCAACCGAGGAGCACAACCAACAUCUUCAUCCUCAACCUGAGCGUGGCGGACCUGUCCUACCUCCUCUUCUGCGUCCCCUUCCAGUCCACGAUCUACAUGCUGCCCACAUGGGUGCUGGGUGCUUUCAUCUGCAAGUUCAUCCACUACUUCUUCACCGUGUCCAUGCUGGUCAGUAUUUUCACUCUGUCGGCGAUGUCCGUGGACCGUUACGUGGCCAUCGUCCACGCCAGGAAAUCCUCGUCGAUCCGGGUGGGGAGGCAUGCCAUGCUCGGAGUGGUGCUGAUUUGGAUCCUGUCUCUGGUCAUGGCAGCUCCCGUGGCGCACUACCAGAGCAUCGUGGAGAGGGAGGACAACAACACCUUUUGCUGGGAGGUCUGGCCGGAUCACCAGAGGAAAGUCUACGUGAUGUGCACCUUUGUUUUCGGAUACCUCCUGCCUCUCACUCUGAUAUCAGUCUGCUAUGCAAAGGUUUUAAACCAUCUGCAUAAAAAGCUGAAGAAUGUCUCCAAAAAAUCAGAGCUCUCCAAAAAGAAGACUGCACAGACAGUCCUGGUGGUGGUUGUGGUCUUCUGUCUGUCCUGGCUGCCUCAUCACAUCGUCCACCUGUGGGUGGAGUUUGGCUCUUUUCCCCUGAACCAGGCCUCCUUCGUGUUCAGGAUGGUGGCUCACUGCCUGGCAUACAGCAACUCCUCCGUCAACCCCAUCAUCUACGCCUUCCUGUCGGAGAACUUCAGGAACUCCUACAAGCAGGUGUUCUGGUGCCGGGCGCCCAGCGAGUGUCCUCUGAACGACACCAGAGACCUCCGCAGCAGGAUGGAGACGGCACCGUCCACUAACAUGAGCGUGACUUACAAAGGUCACGACUCUCAGAUCAGUAAAAUGCUUUGA